AUGUCGGCUGAUGAACCUUUGCCUGCCAUAAACGGGGCCCUAGUGCUGUCCCGUUUCGAUACCUUGACUCAGUCGGGCCUUGUUCGGUAUGACAAAAAUCAGGAGAUCAUCGAACACACUGAUGGAGACCUCAAGUUUCAUUUCGUUCUCACCAAUGUACUCGCCCAAAAACCAACUCUCGCUACGCCUCAGCAGCAACUUCUGGCUGAAGGUCAAAACGGCAUCUCGUUGAAUCUCAAGCCGCAACGACCCGGGAGUGAUAUCGAUACAAACGGCUACGAGAUAGGUGACAGUAGUGGUAGCAGCCACUUUCUCAUCGCCAACAAAUUCUGCUUCUCGCGGCCACACCUUAUGAUGCUCACCUGCGAUGGGAACCGCAGGCAACACGAGCCGUUGGAUGAGAACGACUUGGAAGCAGCGUGGACCGCACUGUUAGCUUUGAAUGAUGCAGCAAGGGACUAUGUUGUAUUUUACAACUGCGGAAAAAACAGCGGAUGUAGCCGACUGCAUAAACACAUGCAACUAAUGCCUUUGCCUGCUGACGGUUUUGCCGCCGCGUUUCUCAAUUCCAACGCUGUCAAAGAGCCUAGAGUGCCUUUCCAGUGGUUCUAUCAUCGAUUCGUGGAUAGACCCAUAACGCCUGCCACGUUGGCGAGUAUUUAUGCGCGGCUUUUGCAGCAGGCUACGGAGGCGUGGGAGAAUAGCGCAGGCGACGCUGUGCCUGAUGGGGAGGCUUGCCCGCAUAACAUGGCCUUCACUAGCCGCUGGAUGGUAGUCAUUCCGCGGCGGCGCGCAGCGGUCAACAAAGAGGCCGGAGUGAACUCGCUGGGCAUGUUGGGAGUGAUUGCUGUAGCUACUGAGAGAGAGAUUGACAAUUGGGUUCGAAUUGGGUUGAUCAAGUCGUUAAUGGAACUUGGGGUGGCGAGAAAAGAGAGCGUCACGCAACUUAAGUGA